UUAAAACAAACAAGCCAAGACGAGAGUAGUGCCUUUACCGAGUGAUUAUUUUAUAACUCUUAUGUAAAGCACUGGAUCCGCUCUCUCACCAAUUCAUAACACUCUUGUCAAGCAACAAACAUCACUUCGCAAAGAAAACUCAAGAAAUGAAGAUCAGGGACGUUCUAAUAUAUUCCCUGAUCGUCAUUUACACUAUCUCAGCCGUCUCCGCUGAUUCGAUUCACGGUUGUGGUGGCUUCGUCGAGGCGAGUUCGUCACUGAUAAAGUCGAGGAAGGCGACUGAUUCAAGGUUGGAUUAUUCUCGUGUCACUGUUGAACUACGCACGGUUGAUGGAUUGGUGAAGGACAGUACGCAGUGUGCUCCCAAUGGUUAUUACUUCAUUCCCGUGUAUGAUAAGGGUUCAUUUGUAAUUAAAGUCAAUGGACCAGAAGGAUGGUCAUGGGACCCAGAUAAAGUGCCAGUCACUGUUGAUGAUACUGGUUGCAAUGGUAACGAAGACAUUAAUUUUCGUUUCACAGGCUUUACCAUCUCUGGUAGAGUUGUGGGAGCUGUUGGUGGAGAGAGCUGUUUGGUAAAAGAUGGUGGUCCUUCAAAUGUGAAUGUUGAACUUCUCUCUCAUGAUGGUGAUCUCAUAUCAUCAGCUGUAACAUCAUCUGGAGGCAGUUACUUGUUCAAAAAUAUUAUUCCUGGAAAAUACAAACUACAUGCGUCACAUCCUGAUUUGAGAGUUGAAGUUAGAGGUUCCACGGAGGUGCAACUGGGGUUUGAAAAUGGUGUAGUUGAUGAUAUUUUCUUUGUCCCUGGGUAUGACAUUCGUGGGUUUGUUGUUGCUCAGGGAAAUCCAAUCUUGGGAGUUCAUUUAUAUUUAUAUUCAGAUGAUGUUGUUGAGGUAGACUGUCCCCUAGGUUCUGGUAAUUCCUCGGGACAAAGAAAAGCUCUCUGUCAUGCCAUAUCUGAUGCAGAUGGAAAGUUCACCUUUAAAUCAAUACCUUGCGGAGUUUACGAACUUGUACCCUACUACAAGGGUGAGAAUACCGUAUUUGAUGUUUCUCCUGCUCGCAUCUCAGUUUCUGUUAAGCAUCAACAUGUAACUGUUCCUGAAAAGUUCCAGGUCACAGGAUUUUCUGUUGGAGGUCGCGUAGUUGAUGAAAAUGACAUGGGAGUGGAGGGAGUUAAAAUAUUAGUUGAUGGUCAUGAGAGGUCUAUCACGGACAAGGAAGGCUAUUACAAGCUUGAUCAGUUAGAUUCUACUGUAGUUUGUGGAACAAAUGCAAACUCUGGAUAUAAGUCUUAUCCUUGGAAGAAGAAAGAGAUUGUUUGUAGAGUAACUAGGACAGAUACAGAACCAGAUAGCAAUAAUGAUAAGCUGGUAAUGGAGGCAGCCCAAGCUUCAGCUGGAUUGUCAGGUAGUUACUAUGGCUAUGCAUUAUUGCUUUAG